AAUCUUCUAUAUUUACUAGCCUCUGCGGAAAACAAAUGUCACUCAAUUGUUUAAAAACAAUCGAUACGACCAUUGAUUGUCAUUUGUCCAAUAAACUCCUCGAGCUGCUUGUACACUAGAAAGAGAGAGUGAAUCAACGCUUCACUUCAUUCAUUUUAUGGAAAGGUUGGCCUUGCAAUAUACGUAUCGUGUUCAGUUGAGACGGAAGCGCGUCGCAAUUCAGUCGUUUUGCUAAUUGUUUCAAGAAUCAAAAUGGUGGCGUUAAAUGUGCGAGGUCUAAUGAUGCCAGUCUUCACCUCCUUCAAUGAUGAUUUCACUGUCAACUUACACGCUAUUCCUGCGUACGCCCAGUAUGUCCUACAGUCUGGCUAUAAGUCAAUCCUAGUCGGCGGCACGACCGGCGAGCACAUGACCAUCAGUGUGGCCGACAGAAAGAAGGUGAUAGACUCAUGGAUGGCCGCCGUCAAGCCCACCGGCAUACACGUCCAGGUGCAUGUGGGCGGGGCACCCAUAGCCGACGUCCUAGAAUUGAGUUCUCCAGACAUCCAAGCGUCAAGAGCGGCCAAAUAUUGCCAGUCAGUAGGCGUGGAUUCUAUCCUCACGAUGCCGGAAUUAUACUUCAAGCCCAAGAAUGCUGACGAAUUGGUCUCCUAUGUAGAACUGGUUGCCCAGGCAGCGCCGAAGCUACCUUUACUCUAUUACCACAAUCCCCCCAGGAGCAGAGUAGAAGUGAACGCAUCGGAAUUUGUAGCUAAGGCGACGGCUCGUAUUCCUAAUUUUAAAGGCAUUAAGUAUUCCCCGAAAGACUUGAGCGAGGCUGCUCAAGUGCUGAGGGUCCUGAAAGAUGGACAGGAGAUGUUCGUAUCAGCUGAUACCCUAUUGGCUCCAGCUGCGCUGCUCGGCGUGAAAAACUUCAUGUGCAUAUCCUUCAACUUGUUCCCGAAACUGGCACAGGAUAUCAUAGCUGCUGUGGAAGCCAGUGUCGUCCCCAAAGCGCGCGCGCUGCAGGAGACUCUUAGCCUUGCCAUAGAGGCCCACACAGCUGAGGGUGAAUUGGUACCCGCGAUUAAAGCUGGCAUGGAGAUCGUAACUGGCGUCGAAGUUGGCCCGCCAUCUCAAGUUCACAAGCCGCUAUCCCCCGAAGCAAAAAAGCGGAUCGAGGACAAACUCAGGGCGCUUAAACUAGUCAAAUAGAAUUGAGAACAAAAACCGAAAACCGGAAAGCCCGACAGAAUGCAUCAGACGUUAAGUUUAGAAUAAGAGGAUAGGUAUUUUUGUUGUGUAUAAAGAUAACAGUCGUUAUUAUUCAAAUAUGUUUAUUUUAUACCGAAUAUUUUAAACCGACGUACGUACCAAGACGGCUUACGACAAUACAUAAACAACACAAUGAUUUUAAUAAA